UUCAUUAUAAUUAAAACUUAAAAUUUAAUCAAAUAAAAAUUAUUAAACUUCAGAAGAGAUAUGCAUGAAGCUGAUAAUCAAGACCAAUCAAAAUUAUAAAACAUGAUUUAUUCCAACUGCUCAUUGCUAAUCACGUGAUUCGGAAGCGGUGAUUCAACUGUGCAGAAGUGCUUCGCGCUGAGUUGUCUUUAUUAUUUAAGUACUAUCGUUAGUAGAAUGUACGAAGCAAAUGUUGAUAGUUCUUUGAAUAAGUGUGCAACUUCUCGGGAUUUCAAAAAUGAGGAAUUGUCUUUGGAUAUUACGACGAGGCCAAAGCAUGUGGUACAGCUUUUACGUUCCUGGAUCCUUCGGUUGAAAACGAGUAGCGAAACUGAAAAAUUUCUAUUCGAGAUGGAAGAGAAACCAAUACCGAAACCUAGAUCGGUAAUGUCUGAGCGACCAAUACCAGCACCACGAAGACUACCACCAUUGUUACCAUCAGCUCGAUGUAGUAGCUAUGAUAGUUCGAGUCAGUCGGAAAAAAGUGAUGAUGCGAAAUCGAUAUCGGAAACACGAAGUACAAACAACGAAUUUUUUCGAAAUCUGAGCACCAGUUCGCGCCAAUUGAAAGAUGAAAUAUCAGAGAAAAUGACAAUGAAAGGCCGUGCAGUAAUUUCGAGCACGAGAAAUGCUAGCAUUAGAUUGGAGAAAUCGGUAAAAAAUCUUUUAACACGGCGAUUAACUUCGUUAAAUCAAGAUGAUAUUAUACGAGAUAAUUCAAUCGUUAACAAGAAAUUCAAAGAUCCUGUAGAAGAGGAAAGAUGCGUAUCAAUGCCAACUGAUGAUAUUUUUAGCAGCAUUUCAUUUUACAGUCCUCUAAAUAGUAAUCUGAGAAGCAUCAGAAAUGAGGAGGAUCUUUCCGGAACGUGUCACAACCCACCACCUCCUGCAUAUCCUCCUCCACAUCCUGACGAAUCUAUCUACGACGAACUGCAAUCUGUCACGUCGGGUAGCAGUCGAUAUGAUACGAUUAGUUCGACUAUCUCUGACAAAGUCGACAGGGAUUUUUCCGAAUCGUUUGAUCUCCUUAAUUUCGCACUCAAUCAGGCUAGUGAUUCUGAUCAAAGUUUGAAUCUUUCCGACAUUAACAUAACUCUACCACAAGAUAAAUUGGAUAAUGUUAAAAGAUUAUCAAGGUCCGAUUCUUGGACUUUUUACGAUACUGCACCAAUAGGAAAAUCUGACGGAAUCGAAGAACUGGACAGGAUAUCUAGUACAGAAGAGGACAUUUUGGACAAAGAAGUGCGUUUUGAUCGAACAUCCAACGCGUCCAAUGAAAGUCAAGCAUCCAUUCAAAAUUCAUUGUAUGAAAAUUUAUCACCACAAAAAAUACAAGAGAAAGAAAUAAGGUCCAAUAAUAUAGAAAACAGACAACAAAGCAGUAAAUCUUUAUUGUUUGAAUUUGAUCCAUUUGCAAAAACUUCUGACGAAAACCUAUAUAGUAACUUUGAAAAUAAUGAUCUAAUGUUAUUGGAAACUUUAUUGGCUACCAAUGAUACGCCAAAUAGUUCUGGAAAUAUUUUGGAUUUUCAGGAAAUAGUUGAUAAUGAAGAAAUACAAAAUGAUAUUAACGAAAAGGAUGCUGAGCAUAUUUCAUCAGUGCCACCAGAACCACCAAGAAGAUUCGAUUCUUUGCCAAAAAACGAAUACGAUGAAGUCACGGAAAUUCUUUUACAAUCGCAUAAAAAUACUACAGGAAAAAAUCCAGCUUUAUUACCAAAAUUAGCGCAUCUGGUAACGCGAAAACAACCUGCUGUCCCGCCUAGAAAGUUAAUAGCAAAAAAUCGCUUAAGUCAAACAUCUUUUCCUUCUACUAUAUCUGUCUCAGUAUCUACAAGUGCAACAGUUAACAAUGAUUCAGUUAUGUAUACGACUAGUACCAACGAAUCUUCAAGUUCUUUAGUUAAUAAGAUCACAGAAGAACAUAAAUGCGUGAGCGUAAUUCAGAAAUUGAAAAAAUUGAGACAUGAUUCCACUGGGCACGGAAUCAGACCAAAUGUGAUGAGUUUUGUGAAAAGUAGCAGUAAGUUAUUAUCCAGAAAUCGUGAUCAGAAUAGUACAAUAUCAAUCACGAAAUCAAUGAAAUUAGAAAGACCAAAAAUGAACGAACUACAAAAUCUCAUGACACAUCGAGGAAUCGUUUAUAGAACUGGUAUAGGAAUAGAAAGAGCGAAGGAUCUAGUGCUGAGAGCAGCAGUCUUGGCUGAUCAAAAACUUUCAUUUUAUACUGAUAAAAGCAUGUCUACACUAAAAGAAGUUAUUGAUCUCAAUACAGUGUACAGCAUUCAUCUUCUUCAGGAUUUUAAGAUAAUUGAUGGAGAAAGCGUAUAUUGCAUAGCAAUUAGUGGUGAAGGAAGACCGAGUAUCCAUGUAUUCUAUGCAAAAGGAAUCGCAGAACGAAGGAUUUGGGCUCAAAGAAUAUUAGAAACCAUUACUACAAUUUUUCCUACAAAAUAUACGACCGAAUUGACAAGAGCAGGAUGGGCCUAUUUAAAGGAAGGUGUAACGAGUACAUGGUUUGCAGCUUGGGUUCUUUUAUAUCAACGAACAUUAAUUUAUACAAAAUCUUUGGAUUCCUUUAUGGCCAUAACUUUUGGAGAACUUGAUCUUCGGAAAGCUAGAUGUAUCGUUUUACGAGAACAAGAAGGACCAAUUUCCAGUGCUGGAUUAGUUCCGGUAGUAGUUGUCGACGCAGGAGGUACCGGUGCACUACAUAUAGCUGCACCAGGAACCCAUGAAGGAUCUGCAUGGAGACACGCACUCUAUCAAGCAGCCAUUACUUGUGGUCCUGCUUUAGAGCAACAACAACUCACACAGGACAAUAUACCUGUGAUUCUUGACAAGUGCAUCAACUUUAUUUAUGCUCAUGGUAUUAUGUCAAAGGGCAUUUAUCGUCAAAAUGGAUCCAACAGUGCUGUAGUUAAAUUAUUGAAAGCUUUUCGUCGCGAUGCAUGGGCAACACAAAUUACGAGAAGUGCAUAUACUGAACAUGAUGUUGCCACAGUUCUUAGAAGAUUUCUUCGUGAUUUACCGAAUCCAUUAUUUCCCUCUAAUAUUCAUGAUCGUCUUUGUUUUACUUCAGAAACUAUCAAUGAAAAUGAACGAGUUUCAGCAUAUAGUAAAUUAUUGUCUACACUGACCCCAAUACCAGCGGCAACGCUUAGGAGAAUUCUUGCUCACCUUCACUGUUUAAGUCAACAAAGUUCUAAGAAUUUGAUGACUAGUGAGAAUCUUUCUGCAAUUUGGGGACCAACGUUGAUGCAUGCUGGUGAAAACAGCGCAGAAGAAUGGAAUAGGUCCGAAACUAGGGUGAUUGGGGAUUUGAUCAAAUUAUAUCCAAAAUUAUAUCAAUUGACAGCUGCAGAUUUGGCAAAAGAGGCGAAAAUUUUGGAAAUUCUCGAAAAACAUCAUGGUUCAAAUAAUGGCUUACGUGGAGCACCCUCAGGCGAUCUCAAAAUUUGGAUAUAUAUCUUCUCAAGAGAUGGAGAAUGUGUCAAUGUGACUAUUGGACCACAAAAGACUGCAUAUGAUAUAUGCCAAGAAUUAGCACACAAAAUGAACAUGUUAGCUCAUGAACUAUGUUUGGAGGAGGAUACAUUGUCUGGUGCAUUAGAAAGACCGUUACAUCAUAAAGAGCGUGUCCUUGAAGCAGUAGCAAGAUGGGGAUACUGGGAUCCCGAAGAUAGGAAGGACAAUGUUCUCAUACUUAAGAAAGAUCGAUUAUACAAGGAUAUAGUAUCUCUGAUAAAACCACCAAUGACAAUAUCUGGUGAACUUAAAUUUGCUGAUACAAAAUCGAAAAAUUUCAAAAACUACCUCUUCGAAUUUAGUCAAGCGAAACUUUAUUGUUAUAAAGACAAAGUGUGCGCGAAUGUAUUAUAUGAAUGGAAAAUAGAAGAUAUCAUUUGGUAUUUGGGUCACGAAUCAAAACGAAAUCCACAAACAGGAUGGUCCAUUACAUUUAUAAUCAAAAAUAAAAAACCAACUAGAUGUAAAGAAACUCCAUUUUUCGGAAAUACUUUAGCAGGAUCAUUAAAAGAAGAACAAUAUAAAUGGAUAGCAGCUAUGGUUUUUGGAGAAUAUCAAUUAAAUAUACGACCACCUUCAAUCAAUCUUAUGGAUCCAUGAACAAAUAACUUAUUUUUUUAAGUUAUUCUACUUAGUGCCUUUAAAAUUAAUAGUAAUAAUUUUUGUAUUAUAUAUAAAUUUUUAUUAUAAAUUCAAUGCCCAUGCUUGCCUUAAAAAAUCGAUUUUUAAUAUUCAUAUCUAUAAUGUAUUUUUAAAUAUACAAAUAUAACACUAAAAUCUAACAUUCCGAAAAUAUAAAUCUUGAUCGGAAUGAAUUAAAAUAAAAUUUAAAAUAUAUUUAUA